AUGAAUUUUGAUGAGGAACGAAAUGAAGAAACUGACCAACCAAAUGAAGAUGUGGAAAUGGCUGACAAAGUAGGCGAUAGGGAAGCCGAUGAAUUAAAACCUUCAAUCAAUGGUUGUUCAGAAAGAAAACUUUUUGUUGGACGCAUUUCUACGAAGACAACCGAAGAAUCAUUUAGGGAGUAUUUCAGCAAGUUUGGACAGGUAGCUGAUUCUGUACUAAUGCGUGAUGAAGACUCUGGAAGGCGACGAGGAUUUGGAUUUGUUAUAUAUGCUGACCCGGAAAUUGCAGAUAAAGUUUUAAAGGAAGACCAUACCAUAGAUGGUAAAAAGGUGGCCGUGGAGGAACCAGUAACUAAUACAACGAGAAUUUAUGUUGGUGGUCUUCCAUUAUCUUUGACUGAAGAUGAGUUGAAGGAACAUUUUUCUCCUUAUGGCUAUGUUGUGGAUCAUUGCAUUGUUUUGGAUAGAAGAACUGGUCGGAGCCGACGUUUUGGCUAUGUGAGUUUUGAUAAAGAGGAAGCAGUUGAAAAAGUUUUAUCUGAUGGCCAUAUACAUGAACUUUGCGGCAAACAAGUUGAAAUUAAUAGGGCUGCUCCAAAGAGAGCUGGUGCAGCUGGUUACAGAAGCAGCAGCUACGGUGUGCAUGCCUACAAUGGUCGUGGUCGUGGUUAUGGGAACAGUGGUAGCGGCUGGAAUGAUGGGGGGAACGGAGGAUAUGGAGGUGGUGGCACAAAUGAGGCCUAUGCAUAUGGGAACACCGGUGCUGCUAAUGAAAGUUAUGUGCCUGCCUACAAUGGUCGUCGUCUUGGUUAUGGGAACAGUGGUAACAACUGGAAUUAUCGGGGAAUGGGAGGAUAUGGAGGAUAUGGAGGUGGUGGCACAAAUGAGGCCUAUGCAUAUGGGAACACCGGUGCUGCUAAUGAAAAUUGGUGCCUGCCUACAAUGGUCGUGGUCGUGGUUAUUGGAACAGUGGUAACAGCUGGAAUGAUGGGGGAACGGAGGAUAUGGAGGUGGUGGCAGAAUGGUGCCUAUGCAUAUGGGAACACCGGUGCUGCUAAUGAAAAUUGUGGUAACAGCUGGAAUUAUGGGGGAAACGGAGGAUAUGGAGGUGGUGGCAUAAAUGAUGCCUAUGCAUAUGGGAACACCGGUGCUGCUAAUGAAAGGUAUGUGCCUGCCUACAAUGGCCGUGGUCGUGGUUAUGGGAACAGUGGUAACAACUGGAAUUAUCGGGGGAAUGGAGGAUAUGGAGGUGGUGGCACAAAUGAUGCCUAUGCAUAUGGGAACACCGGUGCUGCUAAUGAAAGUUAUGUGCCUGCCUACAAUGGUCGUGGUCGUGGUUAUGGGAACAGUGGUAACAGCUGGAAUGAUGGGGGGAACGGAGGAUAUGGAGGUGGUGGCAGAAAUGGUGCCUAUGCAUAUGAGAACACCGGUGCUGCUAACAGAAGGUAUCAUCCUUAUUGA